AUGCAAUUGAAAAGUAAUUUCUAUAUUGGUGGAUUUCCGAAUGAUAUCGAUAUAUUCUCGUUGUCGCAGGACGAAAUGAUGUUCGCGCAACGGUUUCUAGGCUGCGUCGAGGACGUAGAGUUCUCUAGCAACGUUGGAAACGCCACACAAAAUCACACCGCAAACGUGCUACGGUCGGCUGGAAUGAAUUUGGAAUGUAAAGAUGCGUGUAAACCCAAGAGUCCUUGCAGAAAUGAUGGUGUUUGUCUCAAUAAGUUUGCAGUGGCUGAAUGUUUGUGUGCUGAAACGGGCUAUGGUGGAAAGAUUUGUGAAAAAGGUAUGGAUGUUAUGUGUUGAGUGAAGUGCAUGUAAUAAUAGUUCAAUUAAUUCGACGCCCCGCCUGUUACUAAUAAAAUUCAGUGCUGAAUUUUACUGCGCGGUUGCCUGUUCAUCUCAUAGAUAUAGUUCAUCUCAUUGAACAAAACAAAACUGAGAUAUGUAAAACAAAAAAAUGUAAUUGUGUUAUUGUUAUGGAGCAAUGAAUUAUCUUGUCAUCUUUACAGUAGCCUGCAUAGCAGUCGGGGUUUGUUUUUUUUGGGGGGGAGGACUUUACGCAGGCUAUCUUCACAGUUACUUUCCUGCGGGAUAUAGACCUCUUCCGGAAGUACUUGUAGCUUUAUCUUGUUACUGAUAACCUAACUUUAUAAAGGUAUUUUUCCUUUUCCUAAUAUAACUGUAUGAUUUCGUAAAUAUGCCCACCUGUAACAAGAUAAAGGACUGAAACCCAAUAUCUCAAAUCACGAAAACGAGGCUCUAUAGCCAAGGCUGACUACUUUCCGGAAAUUCUAUUGAAAAAACUUAUUUAAAAACCUCUGUGGAGGAGAGAGUGGUGACCUACUGCAUCUAAUACGAUGAUACGCAUGCGUGAUUCGAUGCCAUCUCAUAUCCAGAGUCAUCGGAUCGAGUGUGUAUGAGAUUGUACCUCCAGAGGAAUUAUUGCAACGGAGAGAUGUUGUUUCGUUCAGCUUCUGGAAGUUGCACAUUCUCAUCGGAUAUUGUGUAAACGUAGCCUAAGAUAGAUUCAGACUUGGUCGCGACAAGUCAUCUCUCUCACAGCCAAGGGGUGAAGUUUCUAGUAAGGGUUAUCACUUCUUCAUCCAGUAAACCUACACUAAAACAAAAUUUAUACUGGAUAGCUCUAACGGUUCGAAACAGUUUUUCUUAGAGGUCCAGUAAACGCCGUCUAGUCCAUCCAAUGUUUCUGCAAGAAACUUAAACUGAGCUCACGUUAUUCAUACUAGAUAGUUCCAUGAACAUAACUACGAAUUUUGGAUUUUGUUUUACAGAAUCGCCUGUCGUUGGCAUUUCACCUGGCGGCCCUCGUGUUAUCUUCGACGUCCUUUCGUCGAAUGUCGCAGCUAGUUCGGAAACGACGUCAAUGUUCGUACGUGUUCGCUCGACCCAACAAGACGGAGUAUUUUUCUACACGGUCUACAACGGAGAUUACAUACUACUCGAACUGACCAAUGGCAGAAUAGCUGCUUCGGUGAACUUAGGUUCUGGAAGUGUCACCAUAGCAACGAAGAAAAACACGUACAACGACAACCAAUGGCAUCGCGUGAAAUUAGAACGCGUCAAGCGAUUGGUUAAUCUGACAGUUGAUAAUUCGGAUACCCCAAAAGGCAAAACUAAAGGUAGUUUUGAUAAAUUUCAUCUACCCAACAAAAAAACAAGUUUUGUUCUCGGCAGAUUGGUUGACGACAAGAAAACAAAAUUAAAAUCCCUAAGCAGAAAAAAUUUCACGGGUUGUCUGCAAGAACUUAUUUUUAAUGACUAUGACUUGUUUGGAGAAUUUAACAAAAGCGCUAAAGGAAUAGCAUCGCGGGGGGAAUUUUUAAAAACUUGCCCGAAAACGCCGACAAAACCACCAAAAGUUGUAACAAUUUUCCCGACAAUUCAAACAACUGUUUCAGACCCAUAUAACACGAGUACGCCUCUUUUUGGUACUUCAAAAACAACGACAACGGAUCAAAACUUGCCUUGCAUUUUGGCGGGAAUUUCUUGUGAAGCUACGACCACUGGCGUUCCUACAUCGCAGACGCAUGUUGUGACGUCAUCACAGGUUAAAAGUGUAACCACGACUGACACCUUAAGUUCGACAAGUGGCAAACGCGUAACCAAUAACCAAUCAGGGACCAGUUCGAAAACACUUAUCCAAUCAACAAUUGGUCCAAAGUCUACAAAGAUUACUCAUGGCACUAAAACUGACGCUAUCAUUUCUGAAAAUUUCUUAAGUAACAAAGAUGUUCAAACGACAACAACAUGCAAGUCAACCGUUUUCAACGAACAACAAAGUGACCCAAGAUACAAGCAUGCCUCGUACAACUGGGGAAGUGAUAAUGGCGAAUCGAAAUGAGCGAAGCGAAGGCGACUUGACAAUUUAUUUUAUUAUCGCAGCAGUUGUCGGGUCAUUAGCGUUCCUGUUGGCUAUUUUGAUCAUCGUGAAAGUGAACUGGGCUAGCAAAAAGAAAUAUGCAGUCAAGGGGAAGAAGUAUGAG